AUGUGUGUGUUAGUGUGGAUAACAUCCAAGCCGCUUGUGCCAGGCUCGAAGAGGCGGGGUAUCGUUUUCCAGAAGAAACUCACUGACGGACGGAUGCACAAUAUCGCCUUCGUUCUCGAUCCGGAUGGGUACUGGGUCGAGGUCAUUUCGUUCAACGACAUCGAGAAGACCGCAGAAAUCAAGGAGACAAACCUGGAAUCAUAUCGCAUGAACCAUACCAUGAUUCGCGUUAAAGACCAGGCCAAGUCGCUCGCAUUCUACACUGACGUAAUGGGCAUGAAUCUCAAACGCGUGUCUGAGAAUCCCAAUGGCAAAUUUACGCUGUACUUCCUCGGGUAUGGACCUGCAGAGGGCGUGACCGGGGGCCUCGAAGGUUUAUUAGAGCUUACCUGGAACUGGGGCACAGAAUCCGACCCGGAGUUCAAGUACCACAAUGGCAACGACCAGCCGCAGGGCUUUGGGCACAUCUGUGUCAGCGUGGACGAUCUUGAUGAGGCUUGCAAGCGCUGGGAAGAGCUGGGUGUGAAUUGGAAGAAGCGACUGACUGACGGGAGGAUGAAGGACGUUGCAUUUAUUCUGGACCCUGACGGUUACUGGAUUGAGAUUUUGCAAAACGAGGCCUUGAAGAAGCGUGCGGAUUGGUGA